UGACGAGUACAAGUUACCUUUGUGCAUUGUGCGUAAAACACAGGACCGUAGAACCUAAGGUUUACCCUGAUAUCUCUCCUCACGUCUCUAAAUAUUGUUUAUCAAUGGGCGCUGAAAGGAUUCAACUUGUAGAGACGGAGUGUUUUGUGUAGAUUUGUUUUAAACUCAAAGAUGAGUGAAGCGGACCCCGCGCUUGUGAACUGCACCUUUUCUCCUUCAACUAACAGCUCAUGGAGCGACGGUAUGGACACCGACGAAUACAACAGAAUUGUCGAGGUCACGGAGACAACAAUUUUACCUGCUUUCGUGGGGUUUCUGUGCACCACGGGAUUGGUGGGAAACAUUCUGGUGCUGGUGACUGUUUUAAGGUCCCCCAAGAAGACGAUCCCUGACGUGUACAUGUGCAACCUGGCAGCGGCCGACCUGGUUCACGUGACCGUCAUGCCCUUCCUGAUCCACCAGUGGGCGCGCGGGGGGCACUGGGUGUUCGGCAACACCCUCUGCACCAUCAUCUCCUCCCUGGACAACUGCAACCAGGUGGCCUGUGCCAUCAUCAUGAGCGCCAUGAGCCUCGACAGGUAUCUGGCUCUGGUGCACCCCUUUCGCCUGAUGAGUCUGCGGACGCGCUCAAAGACGAUCUGGGUCAACCUGUGUGUGUGGGCGGUGUCUGUGGUGCUGGCGCUGCCAGCCUGGAUCCACUCUGAGGUCAUUCGCUUCCCAGACGGGCUGGAGAGCUGCUCCCUCAACCUGGGGUCCCGCACGGCCCUGCUCCGGUACACUAUCUACCAGACGGUGGUGGCCUUCUUCCUCCCGCUGCCCCUCAUCCUCCUCUGCUACAUCCUCAUACUGCGCUACACAUGGAGCAUGUACCAGAGGAACAACAAGGCUCACCAGUACAACACCAGCGUGCCUCGUGAGCGCGUGGUGCGCCUGACCAAGACGGUGCUGGUGCUGGUGUCCGUGUUCCUGGCCAGCGUGGGGCCUUACUACGUGCUGCAGCUGGUCAACCUGAGCUUUCGGAGGCCGUCGCUGGCCUACCACACCUGCUACUACCUGUCCGUCUGCCUCAGCUACGCCGCCAGCAGCGUCAACCCCUUCAUCUACAUCAUGCUCAGCGGACACUUCCGGCUCCGCCUCUGCCGGAGGGAAUCUGAGAAGCGGAGCACUCAGCAGACGGCAGGGACGGCGGUGGUCGCGGGAACGGCAACAGCAACAGCCAUGCCACCACCGCAGCUUAAUGGCACACGUGCUGCCGAAGCCAUGCCAGAGCAACCAUCGCAGGGGGACCACAGUGGUGCCAACCACCAGCAGCGUCUGGCCCACAGCACACACCGGCCCAGUUUCUGAAGUUCCAAUUCUGGAAUCUGAUCGCUUGGAAUUAAGAAACUCUUGACCUUGUCGGGGAAGAAUUACAGCAGACUGUAGUCAAUUUUGGUGACAAACUGCUGAGCAAAAAAAAAAAAAAAACCUUGUUUGACAUCAGAUGUUGGUGUGAUCACAAAAGAUGAGUGGCGUCACAAAAGAUGACACUUCUUGGAUCAGAGCUUGUUUACUGUUUACUUAUUUUAUAACAAACAAGCCUAGCUGAGGAGCAGCUCAGACGAAUCCAAGGUCUCAGCGCAGCGCAGGCAUAUUUAAGAGGGAAAAGUGUCAUAUUCGGUCACAGGACACAAUGGGCUAUGAAGUCCAGAUCCAGGAAAGACUCGGUUUUGACUAAAUUAAGUUACUGGCUUUUGGCUUUAUGGGGACAUUUUUACUGUUAUUGGGAAGAAGACAUAAACAUGGUCUUCCCUAGAGCUUCUAAUGGUUUUCAGUGGUCCAGAAUGAGUGGUCCCAUGAGACCAUGAGUGGUCUCCCCGGCUUCUCCUUGUGACUGCCUCUUGUAAUAUGACCUAAGGAUGGUGAAGCCUAAUGAAGAAGACAUCUUGAAAGAGUACCACAACAUGUUCCAGAACACAGUUAAGUUCUUUAUUUGGAUUGACAGAUAGUCGUUUAUCAUACCACAAGCCAAAUUUUAUAGGAGCUCUUUACAAAACUGAAAGGAUCUGCUCACUGAGUGUCCUAAGGAUACACACACGCGCGUGCGCACGCACGCACACACACACACACACACACACACACACACACACACACACACACACACACACACACACACACACACACACACACACACACACACACACACACACACAAUAAUGUUCUUUGAUACAGUUCCAGAAUCAGAGGACCAGUGCCGGGCAACUGAGGAAUUGUCAAUGUAGGUUACUGUAUGUAUAUGUUUAGUACAAGGUUUGCAAGGUCUGCUUUGGAUAAAAGCGUGGGAAGCCUAGCAAGAGUUCUUUAUGAUUUAUUAAUGAAAAGUUACAGAUGUUGUAUCUAUUAUGACUAGAGAUGCACCGGAUCCUGAUUUUUAGGAUCCUGCCGGAUACCGGAUCCACUGCUUAAGAUCCUGCCAGAUCCAGAACCGGAUACCGGAUCCUACAAAAGGGUU